AUGAGAAUUGUACUGCAUACAUCGCAUGCGGAUACAACAUUCCUUGCAACACCCGAUAUUUCUGAAAUUCUUGAAACGCUAUUAAAACAAGAAGGAUAUGCUGAUAAACCAAGAAGCCAAGCCAAUGAAGCAUAUGUUGCACAAUUCAACAAGAGCCAUUUAGCCUUGCCGCCAACUCGCAACGUGGCCAUUGUUGCGUGCAUGGAUGCGCGCAUCGAUCCAGCUAAGAUUCUUGGAUUGGAAGAGGGGGAUGCUCAUGUGAUUCGAAAUGCAGGAGGUAUGGUCACAUUCAAGGAUGCUGAUUUGCAAGAUAAAUUAAAAAAAGAACUUCAUUCGACUGCCGAUCAUAUAGCUUUUCUCUCGAUUGCCAAGCUCGAAGAUUCUGUUCGUGACGAUGUAGACUUUCUCAAGAGUAGUCCAUUGUUGUUCAAAGAUGUGCCUGUCAGCGGCUGGCUCUACGAUGUCAAGACGGGAAAAUUGAACAGGAUUGUUUAG